GCAUAGGUCCCCCAAUCUCUGGGGCGCAGGGCAGGCUGUCAGGGAGAUGGCGGAAGGGGUGAGGAGUCUGAAGGAGAUGCCAGGACCCAGCACCAUCACCAACCUGGUGGAGUUCUUCUGGAGAGACGGGUUCAGCCGCAUCCAUGAGAUCCAGCGAAAGCACAUCAGUGAAUAUGGCCGAAUCUUCAAGUCGCACUUUGGUCCUCAGUUUGUGGUAUCAAUUGCAGACAGAGACAUGGUUGCUCAGGUUCUACGGGCCGAAAGAGACUCUCCUCAGCGAGCCAACAUGGAGUCCUGGCAAGAAUAUAGGGACAUGAGAGGACGAUCCACCGGUCUCAUAUCUGCGGAAGGUAAGAAGUGGCUCGCCAUGCGCAGCGUUCUACGUCAGAAAAUCCUGAAGCCCAGAGACGUGGCCGUAUAUUCCGGGGGAGUCAAUGAAGUGGUCCACGACUUAAUCAAGAGGAUCCACUUCCUACGAUCUCAAGAAGAUGAUGGUGAAACUGUGACCAACGUCAAUGACCUCUACUUCAAAUACUCGAUGGAAGCUGUGGCCACCAUAUUGUACGAGUGCCGGCUCGGCUGCCUGAAUCGGCACGUUCCUAAGCAGACCCUGGAGUACAUUGAAGCCCUGGAGCUCAUGUUUAGCAUGUUUAAGACCACGAUGUACGCCGGCGCCAUACCCAAGUGGUUGCGUCCAUUCAUCCCCAAACCCUGGGAGGAGUUCUGUCGCUCCUGGGACGGCCUCUUCAGAUUUAGUCAGAUCCACGUGGAUAACAAGCUGAGGGAGAUUGAAUCUCAGCUGGAGAAGGGGGAGGAGGUUAAAGGGGGGCUCCUGACGUCACUACUGAUCAGUAAGGAGCUAUCUGUGGAGGAACUCUACGCCAACAUGACCGAGAUGCUCCUUGCUGGAGUCGAUACGACCUCAUUUACACUCUCUUGGGCGACCUACCUACUGGCCAAAAACCCUAGUGCCCAGCAGACCGUUUAUGAUGAAAUUGUCCGGAAACUAGGGAAGGACGUGGUGCCCACCGCAGAGGACGUCCCCAGGGUGCCACUCGUGAGAGCCGUGCUGAAGGAGACCCUCAGAUUAUUUCCAGUUUUACCAGGGAACGGCAGAGUGACCCAGGACGAUCUGGUGAUCGGAGGAUAUUUGAUCCCUAAAGGAACCCAGCUGGCGUUGUGCCACUAUUCCACCUCGUAUGAUGAGGACUACUUCUCUGCGGCAGAAGAAUUCCGGCCCAGUCGCUGGUUGCGGCACGGACACCUGGACAAAGUCGAGAACUUUGGCUCCAUUCCAUUUGGCUAUGGAAUCCGCAGCUGCAUCGGGAGGAGAAUCGCGGAACUGGAGAUUCACCUGGCGCUUAUACAGCUCCUUCAGAAAUUUGAGAUCAAGACUUCACCGAAGACGCAAAGUGUCCUUCCAAAAACACACGGACUGCUCUGCCCAGUGGGUGCCAUCAAUGUACGUUAUGUGGACCGUAAGUGACGGAGGUGCGAUCUCCAGCUACUGAAGGACUACAACCCCUAUCAGGAGAAUUUAUGAAUUCCAGACUUUUUAAGCGGCGGAGCGUUUGAUUUGAAGGAGAUUGUGACAGACGUUCUUUCUUGCACUUUCCUUGUACUGUACGGAGUAACCAAGAAAUCUGCCCCAAGACAGGAAAUGGAAGGGACGACUUCCCAGAGUGCCUCCCCCCUAGUUUAUUGGGCCCCAGGACAUCUUGGCAUCAUCUGAU